CUCCCUCUGGCUCGCUUUGAGCCCGCUCCUCCCGUCUCUCCUUGCAGAACACCAUGGCCACUCUCAAGGACAAGCUGAUCUCCUCGGUCGCUGCGGGAGCCACAGUCCCGAACAACAAGAUCACUGUUGUAGGGGUUGGCCAGGUUGGGAUGGCCUGUGCUGUCAGCAUCCUUGGAAAGGGUCUUUGUGAUGAGCUUGCUCUGGUUGAUGUUUUGGAGGACAAACUAAAAGGAGAAAUGAUGGAUCUCCAGCACGGGAGCUUGUUCCUUCACACUCAUAAGAUUGUGGCAGACAAAGAUUAUGCUGUCACAGCCAACUCCAAGAUUGUGGUAGUAACUGCAGGGGUUCGUCAGCAAGAGGGGGAGAGUCGUCUCAACCUGGUCCAGAGGAAUGUGAAUGUCUUCAAAUUCAUCAUUCCUCAGGUUGUCAAGUACAGCCCCAACUGCACCAUACUGGUGGUUUCCAACCCAGUGGAUAUAUUAACCUAUGUCACAUGGAAGCUGAGUGGCCUGCCAAAACACCGUGUGAUUGGAAGUGGUUGCAAUCUAGACACAGCCAGAUUUCGCUAUCUGAUGUCUGAGAGGCUUGGUAUCCAUCCAAGCAGCUGCCAUGGCUGGAUCUUGGGAGAACAUGGUGAUUCCAGUGUGGCUGUUUGGAGCGGAGUUAAUGUGGCAGGUGUUUGCCUCCAGGAGCUGAAUCCUGCCAUGGGAACUGACAAAGAUGCUGAGAACUGGAAGGAGGUCCACAAGCAAGUGGUUGACAGUGCCUAUGAGGUGAUCAAACUGAAGGGAUACACAAACUGGGCUAUUGGCCUUAGUGUUGCUGACCUCUGUGAGACCAUGCUGAAGAACUUGUACCGGAUUCAUUCAGUCUCAACACUGGUAAAGGGCAUGUAUGGCAUUGAGAAUGAUGUCUUCUUGAGCCUUCCUGCUAUCCUAAGUGCCUCUGGACUGACAAGUGUCAUCAACCAAAAGCUGAAGGAUGAUGAGGUGACUCAGCUGAAGAAGAGUGCAGAUACGUUGUGGAGCAUCCAGAAAGAUCUCAAAGAUCUGUAACCCAUGAAUGUUAGAUUCCAGCAAUAGAGAAACAGCAUGUGUGCAGAUGUGGGCUCCACUCACUAUACGUCUCUAUGGUUAACAUUAAAUGCUCUUCCAGA